GUUCCUUUCGUUUGACAGUUUAGUUGUGUGUUAUCGUUCAAUGUUAAUUUAAUUUUAGUUUCAGUUCACUUUGUGUUCAAGAAAUGCGUUCAUCAUGGUUUCUGCAGACGAGUAUCCUUGCGUCGAUGCAACAGAAGCUUCUAACAUAUCGUGUCUGCCAUCAGAUAGCUGCGGAAUAGACACUAGCAUCAAAGAGUCUGAUACUGAACGUAUGAAACAAGAGGUUAAAGAUUGUUCAUGUCACAAGCAAUAUGGAAUUAUAAACCGAGGAGUUCCAGCAGAGCACUAUUACAGAAAAGAUGCAGCAGAUCCAUCGUCUAAGAAAGAACCAUCGAUUAACCAAAAGCCGCCUAUGCAAUCAACGAUGCCAUGUUUAUGUCACGCUCAUAAGAUACCUUACACUUUACCACUGAAAUAUAAGAAUGGUGUAUCAAAUCGUUCGCCACUUUGGUGCCCCUUCCCGUGGAAAUGGCCCAACAAAGGAUAUCCAUGCAGGCAAGAUAAAACAUACAAGGUUAAAUUGAAACAACAGAAAUGCCCUCAUUAUGCCGAGCCCUUCGUGUGCUGCGAAAUAUCAGAAGGCAUACCCAACAAAAGAAGUGCUAAAGCUAUAAAAACAGUUACAGCAUCAAAAGCUGAAGAAAAGGCAAAGAUCGAAGAUCCGAGGCCAAUGGAGAAGAUAGAGAUCUACUACUUUGAUCAUGGGAAUUCGGCAUAUUUUAGAACAACGGACUCGCCACCGAUUUUGGCGACAGAGAAGUGCGCGGAAAAGACCGACCAAGCGGCAACGCGGUUUUGGGCUGAAAUAUUCGGGACAGUCCACAUCGGCACGGCCUUUGUCACGGCGUUUAUCCUACAAUUAAUUCGUUUCGUGCUCUACAGCAUUAUCAGACCACUCACCGUGGGCAUUAUGCAAAUGUUUGCGGAUUAUUUCAUAAAACCCUGUCUAUCCAUCCUGUUCAACGCUCUUAUCCAGCCUGUGCUAAUUUUAUUCUAUAACGUUGCGACCUCGUUGAAAGACCUUUGCGAACCUAUCGCUGAAGCAGUCGGCCUAUUUUUGAGAGAGAUUGCUAGCUUGUUUGCAGCAAUUCGGAUAGUUGAAGUGAAACAGGUUGUUACUCCUUCCGUUGAUUGCACUUGACAGAGGAGAAUAUGUCUUUGUUGUACGUGCAAGGUUCACGGAAUCUUCCGCUUCUAUUCGUGAAACGAGAAUAUUACUUAACGAGAUCGCGAUCAUUUAUACGUUACGGUGAGGUAGAAGGUGUAUGGCUGAUGGACUCAGUUCAUGAUGGAUGGCUUCGGUUGGUUUGGAGAAACUGGACUGAGGCAAGAGGAAGCAGAUUUCAAGGAUCCGAAUGCUGAAAACACUUGCAGGCUCAAAAUUGGAUAGAUGUAAUUUAUAGAAACGUGUACUGUUUUUAAGUCAACGAUUGCUGAUUUCUUAUACUUGACAGUAUUUCCAUCGCAGAGUAGGAUAAAAGGCUUCGUUUCUUGCAACGAUGGUCGACGGCGAAGGACAUCGAUGACACAAACGAUGAUUGCAGGACUGGAAAAAACCGACCGAAUGAGUUGGACCGAAAAUAACACAUGCCUUAACACCAGGUAUAUAU